AUGGAAGAUCCAAUGAGUGUAGAUGUUGAGAUUAAGCCUCGGGUCGGCAUAUUGUUUAAUUCUGAGGAAGAGGCAUAUUAUUUCUACAAUAGGUAUGGAGGAAGAACGGGGUUUAGUGUUAGAAGAGAGUGGGCACAUAGGAGUCUGAAAGAUAAGAAAACCAUAACUUCAAGGGUAUUUGUAUGUAACAAACAGGGAAGUCGGAAAAAAGACAAGAGAGAGAGUAAUAUUGUCAAGCAUCGAGCGGAGACAAGAACUGGAUGUCCUGCACGGAUGGUUAUUGCAAUUAUGGAUGAUGGAAAGUACUAUUGUCGUGAUUUUGUUGAAGAACAUAAUCACCUACUUCACUUGCCAUCUACCAGUCAUAUGAUGAGGUCACAACGGAGUGUUUCAAAAUUACAUACAUUUGAAAUUGAUUUGAUCGACGAUUCCGGUAUCAAACCUAAGGACAUGUUUGAGGACAUGAGUAGGCAGGUAGGAGACGGACGGAACCUUGGGUACACUCAACAAGAUCAAAAGAAUUGUCUUCAAACUAAACGUCAGAGAGAUCUAUCUUUUGGUGAAGCUGGGAAUUUGCUACUGUAUUUUGAAAACCAAAGUAGGGUCAAUCCCUCUUUUACUUACUCGUUGCAGUUGGAUAACAAUGAACAAAUAACUAAUAUAUUUUGGGCUGAUCCUAAGAUGAGAAUAGAUUAUGCACAGUUUGGUGAUGUCCUUAGCUUUGAUACAACAUUUUGCACGAACAAAGAGUAUAGGCCGUUUGGGAUAUUUGUUGGAUUCAAUCAUCACAGAGAAAUUAUCAUAUUUGGGGCUGCACUUUUGUAUGAUACGACGGCUGAAUCUUUCAAAUGGUUGUUUGAGGCUUUCCUGGAAGCUAAUGGACAAAAGAAGCCAAUAACUAUUUUUACAGAUCAAGAUGAUGCAAUGGGGAAGGCAAUAGUUGAGGUGUUACCCGAGACAUGGCACGGAUUAUGUACAUGGCACUUAAUGCAAAAUGGCAUAAAGCACUUGGGCAACAUGAUGAAGGAUGGUUCAAGCUUUUUGGCAGAUUUGAAAAAGUGUAUAUUCCAUUAUGAUGAUGAAUUAGAAUUUGAGAAUGCAUGGGGAAAAUUGAGGAGUGAUCAUCCGGUUGAAAAUAGUUCCUGGUUGGACAGUAUUUACGGAGUUAAAGAUAAAUGGGCCAAGUGCUAUAUUAAGAAGACAUUGACUAUAGGAAUGCGGCGUACACAACUCAGUGAAAGUAUAAAUGGUGACUUGAAGGAUUACUUGAGGUCCAGUCUGAACGUUGUUCAAUUUUUCAAACACUUCGAAAGGGUUGUGGCCGACAAGCGUGCUAAAGAGUUGAAGGCAGAGUUUGAUGCAAGAGAUAAGAUGCCAAGAAACUUGUUCUCAAAGUCACCUAUUAUGAAGCAAGCAGGAGAAGUUUACACUCCUUUGAUUUUUGAGAAAUUUCAAAAACAGUAUGAAUGGGUUAGUGCUUGCUACAUCAAGUACAAGAAUGAAAGUGAUGAGGUCCGCGAGUAUGUAGUUUCAAUUGUUGAUAAAGAGGGUGAAUUUAGAGUGUUGUGUAACCCAUAUGAGCAAAUGAUUCACUGUAAUUGCAGGAAAUUUGAGACUUUCGGCAUUCUUUGUCGGCAUGCCUUGAAAAUUCUAGAAUACCUUGAUAUCAAGCAUAUUCCCGAAGCAUAUAUAUUGAGGAGAUGGACACGGGCAGCAAGAAGUAUUGUUGUGCAAGACAGUAAGGAAAAAGAAGUUGUAGAAGAUGUUCAUAUGGAUUGUUCACAAAGGUAUAGGCGCCUUUGCCCUAAACUGAUUAAGAUUGCAUCAUUAGCAUCAAAUUCAUGUGAGGGUUAUGCUUACGUGGACAAAGCUACUGAUGAGAUAUGUAAACAUCUUGAAAAAAUUUCCUUCAAUGGGCCACAUGAAGCGGUGUCAAGUGGACAACCAAAGUUUCAGUUCUCUAUUACUGGUAGUUUGCAAUAG